AUGGCGGGGAGAGGCGACAAUUGUUAUCGUCCGGUUCCGGUCAGUUUUUUUUUAAAUCGUAAAUUUAUUCUUAUUUAGAUGUCGUAAAUACAUUUGAAUCAAUUAUUUAUUUAUGAAAAGGCCACGUUAGGUCUAUUUUAAGUUCACAUCGAAAUAAAGUUGACUCGAAUAAAAAAAAACAGGCCUGAAGUUCAUUGAAAAACCCAAAUUUUUCAGUUCGAAUCGGAUACGGAGGCAAUUUUGAAAAAGACUCUGGAAAAGGAAGUUUUGCCGAUUUCCGUGAUGAAUCUCAUCAGACGCGCUGAGUUUGUGAGCAGGUUAAUUUCUGAAAAAAAAAAUUAUAAUCGUUUUUUUCAAUUUAUUCUGUUUUUCAGAGUUUCAUUGGGGAUUCCAUAUGGCCGGGAGUCGAAAUUUAUCCGUGAUUUACUGGAAUUCCGACUCGUAGACUACGAAAUCAUCGAACUCCGGACUUCUACCUUGACUUUGGUUAGUAGCCUGAAAGACAAAUUAAAUUAAAAAUGAGGUUUCAGGAAUAUGUGGCCGAAAAAGGCAUGGAAGGCCUUCCGAAGGCACUAAACUUGGCCCGGGAUCACGACCUUAAUGAAUGGGUUGUUGAAAAGGUUGCUUUUUUAAGCAUUUAUCGAAUUAUCUUGCUGUUUUUUUCAUUAUUACAAAUCUCUUUUUGUUCUUUUCUAAAUUCUUACGAGUAUAUCACGGCAUUCCUAAUGGGGGUGAGGGAAGGUGAGCGAGGCGUCAAACUUUCUGAAUUUACAGAAAAAAUUUAGUGCGCGCUACGGAUAAAAUGCACUGAGUAUCAAACGUUAAUAACUUGUUUUUUUCGAUCGCCUUGGGCUGUGUACUGUAGAUUUCAAAUUUCGCGCCAAAUUUUUUUUGACGUCUCCCCACCCCGUUUGGGAACACCGUGUAUAUAUCAUGAAUAUUUUUUUUAUGAAUGUUAUAAAUAAAAUCCUUAUUUUCGGUUUUUUUUGUAAAAGAAUAUUUUUUUUGCGUGAAGGAUUUUUUUGUGUAGCAAAAAUAAUGCUUACCUAAAAAGGUUUUUCAAAAAAAGUUUUUGGCCCACUUUCAAUUGUUUCAAAAAGAAAAAAAGCUAUUUUUUCCUUCUGAAAUUUAACUUUUCAGCUUGAAAGAUUGGUCACCUCUACUUCCUACAAAACGGGCCCGACAUUUGAAACGAUCUGGUCCCAAAUUCCGCUGGGAAGCCUGGUUGACGGGGUUUUUCGGCCCGUUUUGAUCGCAAACUGUGUGAUCAACGACCCCAAGAAGCGUUUCAGCAUCGCCUCGAACCCCCGUAGUGUGUUACUUUCUGGAUUUGUAGGAAGGAAAAUGAUAAUUAUCAUUUUUUGCUUAAAAAAAGAUUUUUCGUGUUGCAAGACAUUUACUGAUAUUUCCUGAAAAUAAGCUUGAUCCAUAUAUUUUUUUUCUGAAAGGUCAUUGAAAUAUACGUAUCAUAAGUUAUUGAAAACUAAGGGUUCAAUAUAAUUGAAUGAAAAAUACAUUGGUUUGAAGUUAAAUUUUUUUUUUUAUGGAUUUGCGUGGAAAAAAAUGGAAAAAUUCAUAUCGAAAAAUUUCCAUUUCUGAACAUUUUUUUUCUUCAAUUAUUGAAAUUUUGGUGGUAUGAAAAAAACAGCGAAAAAUUCAAACGGCGACUUUUUCCGAUUUUUUCAUAUCGCUAGGGAACUUUACGACGGCCACCUUUCCGCCGAUUUUUUUUUCCGACGUUAUUUCUCCAUGAACUCUUCGUAAACUCAGUCGCCUUUUGAAAUUUCGCUGGCUUUUUUUUCAUACCAUCGAAAUUUUUGCUAAUUUUUCAUGAAUUAUUGAAAAAAGCUCACUUUCAGAUGAGUUCAAAUACGACAAGAACAAUGUAAAUCCCAUCAAUGUCGAUAUGGUCAACGCGUUGAUUCGCCGUGAGUUUAUAAUUGAAUUUAAAGAAGAAAAAAGCUUUGAAAAUGCGAAAAAAAACCAAGUCCAAACGACCUCAAAAAGGCCUCGAAAGUAAGGACCUGAAGCUCUUUUUCGAGUUCCAAAAAAGAGAAUCUUCUUUUUCACCUUUUUCCACCUGAUUUUUUGAGAUUCCUUAAAAGGUCCUUUUCAGAAAAAAGUCUAGAAAAAAGGCGCCUUUAAGACCUUUUUCCCGAAAGUUCUUUUAAAGGCCUUAAAGGCGCGUUUUUUCUAGGGUCCUUUUUAGAGUUUUUAGACUUAAAAAAAGUUCUUUUUGAGACAAUUUGAACUUUGCCCGUAGAUCUACUUUUUUCUACACGAACGAAGUCCGAAAUGUCUCGAAAAGGACUUGGAAAAAAGGUCUCAAAGACGCCUUUUUUCUAAACCGAAAGACCUUUUAAAAGAGUUUAAAAAAAAAGGCGGAAAAAAAAGUGGAAAAAGGAGAUUCCGAAAAACUUAUGACGCCUUUUUAGGAUCUCAAAUAUGAGCUUUAGGCUCUAUUUUUUGAGGUCGUUUGGCCUUUUCUGACUGAAAACAUGUAUAUUUGAACUUUUACAAACUUUUGCAGAGGGUGCGGUGAUUUGGAGGAACAAGGCCCCGGAAAACGGGAGGAUUCCGGCCUCUGCUGACCGCCCUCGCAGAGGUUUGAACAUCUCGUUUAAUUUUUUUAAAAAAAUGUUUAAGCUUAUUGAUGACUUUUUGAGUGUUUCUAUACCCGAAAAAUUUACAACUUUUUAGGCUUUUUUUAACGAUUUGAAAAUGCUUUUUUUACUCAAAGUCAAUAUUUUUUUCGGUUGAAUCCGAAUGAUUCAGGUAGCGAUAAAAAAAUAGACUUAAGAAUUAAGAAUUAUUUAGUGACAAAAAUAUGUAAAGUUAUUUUUCGAGGCAAACUGAGAAAACCAGAAAAAAAUUUGAACUCCUGUACAAUUUUUUUGCAAUGGAAAGAUCUUUCUUUGAAAAAAAUUCAAAAAAAUAAAUAAUAGAAAAAUCGAAAUUCGGUUUCUUUCCUCUCAAUUUUUUUAUUCAUUUUAUAAUAGUUUUUUUCACAGAAGUUUCCUGGACCGACUCGGGAUUUGAAAGCGCUUGGGCCGGCUCAGGUUCCGAACGGGCCGGCCCAAGGUCCGCUCGGGCCAGCCCAAGCAGCUCCCACAGCGGCCGCCGCCAGAAUGGCCAGUAAGUGAGAAAAAAAUGCAGAUUAAAAAAAUAAUUCGAGAUCCAUUUUCUCUAAAGUCACAUAAUGGAAAAAUUAGUGAGGUCAUUGAGAAAUUAAAAUAAACUUUGUUAAAUUAAAAUAAACUUUAUUUUUUGAACUAGUGAGAAAAAAUAUUUGGCUUAUCAGAACAAAGGAAUUUUUUUAAAAAAAUAUAGAAAAAAAUUAUACAAUAUCUUCCAGAAUAGACAAAUAGAAAAUUUCUGCACGGUAAAUAAAAAAAUCUAAAAUGUUUUGACCUUUAAUUUGAAGCUGCAUGAUAUUUUUGUGAACCUGGCUUGUCUGGAUGAGAAUUAUUGAAUUUUUCGUCGAUUUACUAUAAUAUUUGAGAGCCUAAACUGAUGGUAGAAAGGAAUUUUGGGUCCACGAAUAUUCGGGAGCGCUAAUUGUGCAUAAACCAAUCUAGGGGGCUUGAAUCUUUGCAAAGGAUUAUUGGGAAUAUUCACCUCUUUUUCGAACUUCCAUCUUUUAAACAAAAUUGGAAAAACUAUAAAAAAUCAGAAAAGAGGUGAAUGUUCCCAAAAAUCGUUUGUAAAGAUUCGAGCUCCCAAGAUUGGUGUAUGCACAAUUAACGCUCCCGAAUAUUCGUGGACCCAAAAUUCCUUCCUACUAUCCCUAGAUUUCGAGAAAUCUCCAUAAAUAAUAAUUGACAUGAUCAGUUCAGGGUUCGGCCGCUCUCACUGAUCGAGAAGGAUCAGUUGGGUGGGAGCUUCUCGGGCAGGUCAGUUGAAUAAAUUUUUUUUCUUAGGUAUUUUACGGCGUUUUCUUAACCACGACCCGCCCAUAAUUUUUCCGUAAAGUUUAGUGUGUCGUGUGCAUACACUGCGGCGCUCUGGCACACGCCACGUUCAAAGUAAUUUUCGCGAAAUUCAAAAUCAUUCCUGAAUUUCUGAAAUUCCGUUUAUUUUUCAAUCUCUGGUAGCUAUUUUGAAUUUCGCGGAAUUACUUUCAACACGGCAUGUGUUUAAAACAAAAAAAGAAAAAAAUCGCUUUUUUUAAAAAGAAGAAAUGAAAUCGUCUCAUGACCCAUUGAACAUGCGUAAACAACAGAAAAUAUCAAAGGCGCGUUUUUCCGAUGACGUCACAUGGGAACGGCGGAGGUUUUGAUCAGGCCUCCUUAAUUUUUGGUUUAAAUUAAAACGCUGUGAUUCUAAAACGAGCUUUUUGAAACAUUUUCGAGUUGCCAGCUUGAUGUUUCAACAUCUUCUUCUGCUUUUCUAAGUAAAAGAAAAACUGUAUUUUUCUUUCCAACGUAAUAAUUGAUUAAAUAAGAGAUGAAGCCCGUUUAUAUUCAUUGAGUUGAAAAAAAAAAUUCAAAUUUCGCUUUCUAGUCUAUUCACAGAGCCUAACUGGGGCAUGGUCGACAACGAGUUGAGAAUUGAGACUUUGUGGGUCUAGGUGAGAGUACCCGAAAUCCUAAAAAAAAAAAAACUCUGCUAAACCCCACAGACAACCGAGGAAAAGUUUUUUCGAGAUUUUUCCAGCGCUUCUACUAUUCCCUCAUGCAAAGUUUUCUUCUCUCUCGUUAUGAGGAGGAUCUUCUCAAAUCUUUUUGUUGAAAGACAGGAUAUUCAUUAAAAUUUAGCUCAUUUUGCGCAAAAUUUUGUUGAAAAUCUUGAAAACUGUCAUAUCUUCUGACACGCGAAAUCGCAAAAAAAUUUAUUUUUUUCUCGUUGUAUUGUUUUUCCGCUAGUACACACGUGUCCGAAAGACAGGUAAUUGCUUCCCGAAAAAAAUUGAAGUAAUUUUCCCGUAAAGUGUAGUGUGUCGUGUGCAUACACUGCGGCGCUCUCGCAACCUUCAAAGUAAUUUUUGCGAAAUUCAAAAUCGUGUCUGAAUUUCCGAAACACAGUUAUAUUUUUCACUUUCUGGUGGCUAUUUUGAAUUUCGCGGAUCUUCUCUCAACGCGGCAUGUGUUUUAAAACGAAAAAAAAAAAAAACGGAAAAAUCGCGUCUUUUUAAAGGAGAAAUAGACUUGUCUCAUGACCCAUUGAACAUGCGCCUUUAAUAUUCCCUGUUAUUCACGCUUGUUUCCCAUGACGUCACAUGGGAGCGGCGGAGGUUUUGACCACGCCCUCCUAAAUUUUGAAUUUGCGUUUACUUCCACUAACAAAAACGCCGUGCUUCUUUUAAUCAAUAUUCUGUUUUUUAAUGUGAUUUUAGUAAAUUUUCUAGAGAAAAUCCCAUUAUGAUAAAGCAAAAACCCUGGCAAAACUAAUUUCAGCCAAAAGGAUCCGAACCCUGGUCCCAAUAUUGACAGUGCACAAGACCACUACCCACUACACCACGCCGCCAGUUGCUAG